UGUUUUAUCGAGAAAAAAAUAUGCCAAACUAUGCAGAAGUCAUACGUUUGCGCGUGACAGCACGGGCAUGUGAUUGAGCGGCUCUUUAAUCAGUAUGAAAGAAGAUUGGACCGAACAAUCGCGAUCUCAUACAUGAAACACAUAAAUUCGCGUGGUCAGAAUCGGGGACCGUCCGGCUUUUUCAGGCCGUGAAAUUGCGAGGCGGAAAAUCGAUUGUUCUCAUGAAAUUUUUUUCGAAGAGAAAGAGAGAGAGUGAGAAAGAGAGACAACCUCGUGCGCUCACCUUUGUCCUCCUCGUCGAAUUUCCAACAACCCUUGCUCAUUUUCGAUCUGAUCGCUGCUUAUCGGUGAAAUAACUUUACAUUGAAAUAACGUAUCUUCGCGACGGAGUAUUUAUACGCGAUAUUGCUAAAAAUAUACAGAAAAAAACGGGAAGGGGCGGGCACCACGGCCGACCGCGUAUCGCCAUGAUGCGAUUUUAAAUCACCCACCCGGACGAAUCUCGUUUCUCGUUACUCCCAUGGAAUUUUUACGGAAACAUUUACGAGAGGAGGCUUGUCCAAUAAACAUUCUCUCGUUUCGUUGAAUCGCUCGUACAUCGGCAAAAACGCACUUGAAAAUCAAUUCCCAAAGUUUCCCUCGCGCCACAAUGCCAACGGGAGAGAGAAAGAGAGAGAGAGAGCGCGAGAGACACUCGGAAUGCAUGUUUUAACCUAUAACGAAUUUUUGUUGAAUGGUGUAUCACAGCGUCACGCUUACAUUUAAAAGUGAUACCAAGAUCUGGAUCCACACUUCACGUCGCGGUAGAAUCGCCCCGGCAUAAUAUGACGAAUGUGAUCGGCAAGUUGUGUCUAUUGAGACAAACGUUGCGAAAUUGCAGAAAAUUACACAUUACACAUAAAACUAAAGGAUAUGAAGGCCCUGGUAAAACCACUGUAACGUUCAUCAGCAAGGAGAUUGGUUCUCGACUCUUAGUGACUCGUUGCGACGAGAUUGGGUUCACAUUGAAUACUGGCAUGAAAGUGUUAGGACCAACGGUUCUCUUUCCCAGAAAUGCUAUCUGCUGGAAUAUUAAAUCCAGCAGGCACAUAAAUGAAGCAUCGCUCUCAUUAUUCACUGUUCUCGAGCCAAAGCCUGAUCUCUUGGUCAUCGGAUUGGACGAUAAAUACGAAUUCUCCUAUAUUAAAAAUCUUCGAAAAUGCGUGCAGAAGCUCGGUAUUACUACAGAGAUAGUUUCCGUGCGCAACGCGUGCACGGUGUUCAACUUUGUCAAUGAGGAAGGCAGAUACGUUGUUGCGGCAUUGAUACCGCAAAAAGCACCUAAACUAGUACCAAAAUUACAACAGGGUGAACCUGUAGAACAAAUAACUGACUCUGAUAGCACUGUAGGCACCAAAAUGAACAGAGAAAAAACGAAAAAUACAACAAAAUCAUAGAAUCUAAACAUGUACACACACACACACACACACACACACACACACACACACACACACAUAUAUAUAUAUACAAUUCAGAAGAUAUUGUAUUGUAUAAUAAAAUAAUUUUCUUGUGUAAAUUAUAUAACAUUACAAUCAUAUCUUUGAUUUGCUCUAGUGGUUUCGCUUCAGUGUGAUAGUAGUUUAAACUAAAAUGUUAAAUUUAAAAAAAAGUAACCAGCGUUGAUUUUUUUCUUUAUCAGAAAAAAUAGAUUAAAUGACUUAAACAAAGUAAAACUACAUAAAAUUUUAUUCAUAUAAAAAAUGGAUUUAUUAUAAAUUUUUCUCUCUAGUGUCGUGUCUGUCAUUAUGUAGAAACAUUCUAGACCAGAUGUAUUUCAUUUUACAUAAAAGAGUAUCUCAAU